CGACAUUCAGGGCAUCGAGUGUCGCUUCAGCGACGCCAUCGCCUUCAUCAUGGACGCCUUGCACCGCGGAAGCCCGUUCAGUGAGGCCGUGGUAUCGGCCUACGAGAAUGGACUCACAGAAGAUGACCCGCGCGACGACCUCUCGGGCCGUGUCGCCGCACGCAAGAUGCUCAUCCUCGCGCGCGAGCUCGGCCACACGACCAACAUGGCGUCCGUGCUCGUCCAAGACCUGACGCCUCCCAGCAUGCACAACUUGUCGCUUUCUGCGUUUUUCGCUGGCUUGCCACAGCUCGACGCAGCCUUUGAAGCGCAACUCAACGACUCGAGAGCGUCAAAUACCGUCCUCAUGUAUACCGGGCGCCUUGACGCGGACGGCGCGAUUCGUGUCGGACUUGAACAUUACGACCGCCACUCGAGCUUUCACCGUCUGCAAUGGACCGAGAGCUUAUUUGCCCUCACGACCGAGUGGUUCCCCGAUGCGAUUGUUCUCAAGGGCGCGGGCGCUGGUACGAAUGGCACGGUCGCGUCGCUCAUGGCCGACAUUGCAAAGCUCAGCUGCGUGCUCUUCACUGCGUGCGACCUGACGAGCUAA